AGCUUUUCUGAUAUCAAACAAAUUUGUCACGUCGAACUCGGUGGGUUGGGCGGAUUCCAAGGUCUGGGCCCAAGCGUAAAAUGAAGACAUUUUUGUCGUCGACUCCAGACAAAACAUGGAGAGGUACGAGCAGGUGUUGUGUUUGGGCAGAGGAGGAGCAGGGGACGUGUUCCUGAUGAGGCACGUAGAGCGGAGGAGCCUUCACGCGGUGAAGAGGAUAAAAGUAAAGGACACGAGGACAGCAAAGACCCAGAGGGCGAUCCUGCAAGAGGCUGAGAUCAUCAGGAGGCUGGAGCACCCUCACAUAGUAAAAUGCAGCGAUGCCUUUGUGAACUCUGAUGGAUUCAUUUACAUUGUGAUGAACUACUGCGAUGGUGGGACAUUAGAUGACAAAGUGAAAUACAGGAAACCUCUGGAGUUUUUCACAGAGCAUACUGUGAUGGGCUGGUUUGCACAGGUCGCUAUGGCUUUACAUCACAUACACAAAGCCAGAAUACUUCACAGAGACAUCAAAACAUCAAAUGUACUGCUAACAAAGCAAGGUGUGGUACAGUUAGGGGACUUUGGGAUAUCCAAAGUGAUGACUAGCACAGCUGACAUGGCCUCCACAUGUGUUGGGACACCCAGCUACCUUAGUCCUGAGCUGUGCCAAGACGUCCCAUACAGCUCCAAGUCUGAUAUCUGGGCUCUGGGCUGUCUGCUGUAUGAGGUGUGUGCUCUCAGACCUCCGUUUGCAGCCACAAACCUCCUGAGUCUAUUCUACAAGAUCACCAAAGGAGAGUAUGAUCCUGUGCCAAUCAUCUACUCUGACAACAUCUCCUCAUUGAUCCAGAGGAUGCUCUGCCUCAACCCAGAAAACAGGCCGACUGCUGGCUGUAUACUUAACAGUGCCUAUGUGCAAGAUCACUUGGAGUCUUUCAAACAAACAGAGAGUCACAGUGUUCCUGUGACUGAAUCUGAAACAAAGAGCUUCACAGACACCACGACACAGCCAGGUGUUCUCUGUCAGUCAUACACAGGGCAAGAAACAGAAGACAACAUCGAGGCCAGAUUCAGUGAUGUGGAGGACAAACUUUAUGAUGCUUUGUGUGCUGGAGGACAAAACCAGUGUGACUGCCUCUAUCCUGAGGACUUUGACGAAGACGAAAGUUUGUCCUCUGCUGAGGAGCGCAGUGAGCACUCAGAGUCACCAAUGAGAAGCAAUUCUGCUGAGACUAUCGUUUUUCCAGAGGCUCCUGAUAUCUCAGAGGUAGUCGAAUAUCCAGAUGAUUUUGAGGAAGCCGAGGUGGAGGAGGAAUAUGAGGAUGAAGCAGCUUCAGUUCACGCUGCUGCUCUUCAGCAGCCACUUGAUGAUGCAGCAGAGGAGGAGUUUCAGCUCUGUGAUGCUGGAGGAUUGACCAUCACAUUGAAAGCACUGAAGGAAAAGGGCUAA